AUGAAAUCGAUAUGUCUAGAAUAAGAAAUUUUACAUUUUUCUCUUCACAAAAUGGUUGUCAAUCUCAUUGCUUAAACUACUGAUAACGAAGUAGACAAAGCUAAUUAUAUUAAGAGCGUGUUUGUUAGGAUGUAAAGUAAACACUUUGCAUGCAAAGUGUGGGAGAGUAAACAUUUUACCCUAUUUGUUUGAACUAUUUCACGUAAACAGUAAAACACUUUUUAAAAAACAUUUUACAAUGUACUUAAGGGCAUAGUGACAAACAUUUUACAACUGGUAAGUCACAAUUUCUUAAGCAAAUCUGGACCUCCUACUAACAAACAUGACACUUUUUGUUUUGAUAUGAAGUGAUAUAGUUCAAGUUAAACGAUUGAUGUUCAAUAACUUAAGGGCAUAUUCACGUGAUCGGGUAAUAUGAAAUUUUGAGUUCGCGGAAUACGCACGAAGCAAGGAAAUGAAAAAUUAUCAGAACCUGUUCGAUGAAAUGCCUGAAAGAGACAUGAAGAGGAGUGACAAGUUCAUAUCCCUCCAAAAAUAAAAAAGAAGAUUUUAGUGUUUGCUGAUCCGCCUAACAGGAAAUGCACUUGCUUGUUCGCCAGUCUACAUAUGUUUUUUGUUAGCUGAAAGUCUAAAGCUUUGUUAUGCAGAUGAGACAGUAAUGUUGAACUGCUGCAAACUUCUUUUCACAAAUGGCGUCAUCUCAACUUCUGCUGAAACACCAUCUGUUGCAACCUUACUCGAAGCUCACCCGGGUGCAUACACAACCACCAGGACUCAUAACAAUGGAUCAAAGCUCUUGUUCUGGGAAAGACACUUGAGAAGACUUUCAAAUUCUGUUAGCAUUCUGCUACAUUCCAGCCCAAAACUCAUGUUCAAAGUCCCAACAUAUGCUGUUUCAUACUCCUCAAUGUCAAUGGCCUCGCCCUCAUGGGAUUCACUGAUUCAGUCUCUGGUAAAUGACUCAAUGAGAAAGAUUUUGCCUGCUGUGCUAACAGAGAGGGAAAAUGAGGAAGAAUUAGCCAUCACAUCUCUUGUCAGUGGCAAUUUGGAUGAUUUUAGGGAUUUAGAGAGAUUAAAUGAGGAAAACAUCUCGAGAAUGUUUGAUGUGUACGUGCACAUUGGUGGAUAUGUUCCUAAAAUAUUUGGAAUUUCAGAAAAUGGGGCACACUUGGCAGUUGCUGGCUGUGGAAGAGAGGUAGCAAAUGCAAAAUAUUCAGGUUGGGUAAGGCAGAGGAAGUGCUUGGAGAAAUUGAGGCCUCCUUCAGUCAAUGAGCUCUUGUUGUCCAAUAAUGGAGAUAAAAUUUUGGAGGGCUGUUUGACAAAUUUUUUUGUGGUUUGUUGCAAGGAAGAAAAAGGAAAUACAAACUGUUUUGAAAUACAGACAGCCCCCCUCAGUGAUGGUGUUCUUCCAGGAGUUAUACGCCAAGUAAUUCUUGAUAUAUGCUCUAGAAAUGGAAUUAUACUUCGAGAAGUUGCACCAUCAUGGUCAAGGCGUGAAACAUGGACAGAAGCAUUCAUUACAAAUAGCUUGAGAGUAGUGCAACAUGUGGUGACAAUUCGGUUUCCAGAAUCAAUGGAAUCACUUGAAGAAAAAACUUGGAAUGAUGUCAUAUGGGAAGAGAAAAAGUUUGAGCAGGGUACACCUGGGAAAAUCACAAUGCUCAUUCAGGAGGAGAUAAUGAAAUUAGCAGAGCUAGAGGGGUAUCCGGUUGCUCUUUUCAAUGAAUAAAUUGCCUCUCAUUACUGUUGUGUUAGCUUUUUAUGAUUUUCCGUCUAUGAUAUAACCAUGAAUGAGUGCAGCAGUCAUGCAAGUUCAUGUGGGAGUCUUUUCUACAAGUAGGAUGCGUUUUAUCCAAUAUGGAUGUGGAAAAUUCUGUGCCUGAAAAGUUUGCAUGCAUUAUUCAUUUUUCUUUUUUUUGAAAGGAAAAUAACUUAUAUUAAA